AUGGCGGCACUCUUCGUUGAUAUUCAGGCCGCUUACUAUGAAGUAAGCAGGAAGCUUAUCUUCCGUGGUGACCCCCUUCUGGCCGUCGAUUCUGCUGGUGACCCCUCCAAUACGGCUCAUUUGGGUGAGCUCGUUCAUCAGCUCCAGCGGGCAGGGGCUCUUGUGCUGCUUGGUGUUUCUGCGGCCGAACAAGCCCUCCUUUAUGACUGCGUGGCAUUCUCCCAGUGGAGCUUAGUGGGAUCCGAGGUCUCUUUCUUGGCUACGCAAGGAGCGAGACCGGGGGACGGUCUUGCCGAUGUCCUUUUCGGGUCUCUUUUUGCUGUUGCCCUACGCCAUAUCAAACGUGCUUGCCAUGCUGCUGGCAUCUCUGCUCAGGCAGCCGGGGCGUUGGUCGGGUGUGAGGACUCCGUUCUUCCCCUUGACUGGGCUGACGAUCUGGCCACUCUGGCAGAUUUUGAGUGCCCUACCCAGUUGAGUGAGCAGCUCCCUACGCUGGCCUCCAUCACAAUCAGCACUUUGGAGCUUCUUCGGUUCCGGGUGAAUCUUGGGGAAGGCAAAACGGAGUUGCUAGUUGACGUGCGAGGACCAUCUGCCAAACAAAUUCGAGGUCAGUUGUUAGCGCCUCCGGCUGUGCUUGCUCUUCCUACGGGGCACAGAAUCCGCUUUGCUCCAGAAUAUCGCUAUCUCGGAGUGGUGCAGGCCCCACGUGAUACUGGACGGCGCGAUGUUGAGCUUGCGGUUCAACGAGCCCAUGCCGCUUGGUCUCACGCGUUGCCGCGGCGACUUAAGCAAGCGUGGAUGGCAGGCCGCGUCCUCCCGGCGGCCUAUGCGACACUGUGCACUACUGUUGCGGCCUCCGAGCGGUCAUUGGCGCCCUUGAUGGGCUUUUUCCAAAGGGCUGCUCGCCAGAUUGUUGGGUCCUGGCGGUAUGGGCAUGUCCUGUCGCGCCCCCUUCUCGUUGUGCUUCUCGGCUUGUCUACGCCUGAAGAUGCCUGUUGCAUCAGCCGUGUGCGGUUGACUCUGCAGUUGCUGCUAAAGGCGCCUCCCCGCGUUGGGGAGCUUUUCGAGGCAGCUUGGGACCGGUCCAUUCCUUGGUGUGAGCUGUUGGUUGCUGCAUGCCAGGAGGUUGCGGCUGGCCUCCCUGGUGGGGCUGCUGUCAUCACACGACAGUUUUUACGCGCACAUGCGGCUGCCUUGUUCCGAGUCUGUCGACACCUCAGCAGAUACGGAUCGGCUUACAAGGCCUUGCAGGCCAUCUGGGACGGGAUGUUGACAGCCAAAGUUACGGCCGUUAUUGGGCAACAUCAGCCGAUGCGAUGCGGCCUGUGCGGUGCCUCUCUGCCGAGUCGGCAGGCGCUCGCAGCUCACGUACAUCGCAAGCAUACUGUGGUGAGCUCGCUCACGCACUACACGAAUGGCACUGUCUGUCUCUGGUGUCAUCAUGAGCACUUUUCAACUGAUCGACUCAAAUACCAUCUGAAGACCACCCCUGCCUGUAUGCACGGCCUUCGGGUUGUAGUAGGGCACGCAUACGAGUAUGGCACAGGCACCAAGCGGCGUGGCCCUGGUAGGCAUCGAAGGCUGCCUGCUUUGAGACUGCCGGGCCCUCUCAACGCUACACCUGCCCAACGAGCUGCCGCUGCUGCUGGCCGUCUGUGCACAGAGGAUGAGCUCCGCCAGGAGCGACUCCUGCUCCUGGGAUCCGCAGAUGUCUAUGCGUGGCCGUCAGCUGAAGUGCCUGCUGAUGACGUUUUGCAGGUUGCACCUCAGCUACAGGACGGUCCGGACGGCACUGGGAGUACUACUACUGCUGAACAGCCGAAGCCGCCUCAGGUGCGGCCCCGUUGGCUGCGGUUCCAGACAGAGGCAGAAGGCAGCGUCGAGGAUGACCAGGGCUCUGCGGGUGCCUUCUCCUCUGUGGCAUCGCUUGGUCCAGGCACCCGCUAUUUGGUUGCUGCCAUCGUGCUGGAAUCGAUACUGGUGUCUUUGGGCUACUCUGCAGCAGGUUCUCCCUGGUCUUCACGGUGUCGACCUGGCUUCCGACUCCUCCGGCAGGCCUUGGACUCUUGUGAGCGGGAUGACAAGGCUGAGCCACCCCGCAUGCUUCGGCGGUUGCUGGAUGCCACUGUCUCCUUUCGGAUGGCUUGUCAUCAUGUACAGCAAGGUGGCGGCAUCCUUUUUCCCAGUGUUGUGAACGGAUUGGUCGUUCAGCUCUGGCGAGCGCUUAUGCCUACAGCGAAGAUUUGGGCGGACUCCAAUGCCGGCUUUCCGGUAUUCGUUGCGGCUCAUCCCGAGUGUGCAGCGAUUGUGACGCAGCAGCUGAGAACCGGGGGGCGCUUGUUCCCUGUUGAUCUCGUUCUGCGUCAGGUUGCAGUUCAUCGCUCUACUCUUCUGUCGUCGAGGUCGUAG